AUGUCCGGCCGCGGGAAGCAGGGCGGGAAGGUGCGGGCCAAGGCCAAGUCUCGCUCCUCGCGGGCUGGGCUGCAGUUCCCGGUGGGCCGCGUGCACCGCCUCCUGCGCAAGGGCCACUACGCGGAGCGGGUCGGAGCCGGGGCCCCGGUCUACCUGGCGGCCGUGCUGGAGUACCUGACGGCCGAGAUCCUGGAGCUGGCUGGCAACGCGGCGCGGGACAACAAGAAGACGCGCAUCAUCCCCCGCCACCUGCAGCUGGCCAUCCGCAACGACGAGGAGCUCAACAAGCUGCUGGGCAAAGGGACGAUCGCGCAGGGCGGCGUCCUGCCCAACAUCCAGGCCGUGCUGCUGCCCAAGAAGACCGAGAGCCACAAGGCCAAGGCCAAGUAAGCCCGGCGGCGGAGGAAAGCCAAAAUUUGCCGCCUGAGGAAAAAUCCCAAAGGCUCUUUUCAGAGCCACA